GGUAGCUGACGCACAAUUACAUUUUCUGUCCGAUUUGUUUUGCUCCCUAACGUUUUGUGUUUUCUACGUAACCAGCGCAUAUUGACAUUGUGUCAGAAUCUAACAGCAUGAAUCGAAGCUCGAAUGACAGCGGCAUCUCCUGUUGUAAUUCUCGAACGAGGCUGCUGCAGAAAGGGAUGGAGUCAGGGGAGCCCACGGAGAGUGAAGCUUACCACAGGCCAUGGAGAAGCUUUUUCUCAAGCUACAGGCUGAGAGAUGUCUUUACAUGGCACUUACUCAAGGUGAUAGCCAUGGGUCAGGCUCUGUCCAUGUUGAUAUGUGGGACAGCGGUCACCUGUCAGUACCUGGCUGACAGAGAAGUGAACACGCCAAUGUUACAGAGCUUUUUAAAUUAUGCACUUCUCUUCCUGACCUAUACCAUCACACUGGCCUUCAGGAAAGGUGAUGAAAAUAUUUUGCAGAUUUUAAAGGCAAAGUGGUGGAAGUAUUUAUUUUUGGGGCUUGCUGACGUUGAGGCAAAUUACACUGUAGUGAUGGCGUACCAGUUCACAACACUGACAAGCAUACAGCUGCUGGAUUGCUUUGUGAUCCCUGUGCUGAUGGUGCUAUCCUGGAUCUUCCUGAAGACCCGAUACAAGGUGGUGCACUAUGUGGCAGUGGGCGUGUGUCUCCUGGGGGUGGGGGCUAUGGUUGGGGCUGACCUACUUUCAGGAAGAGACCAGGGUUCCACACGCAGUGUUCUGCUGGGUGACGGGCUCGUGCUCCUCAGCGCGGCCCUGUAUGCUCUCUCCAAUGUGUGUCAGGAGUACACGGUGAAGAACCUGAGCAGCAUAGAGUUCCUGGGCAUGGUGGGGCUGUUCGGCACCCUAUUCAGUGGGAUUCAGCUAGCAGUCUUGGAGCACAAAGCUAUAGCUAUGAUAAAGUGGGAUUGGGCUGUUGUCCUGCUCUUCACCGUCUAUGGCCUCUGCAUGUUCGCCCUCUACAGCUUAAUGCCUAUGGUCAUAAAGUUGACCAGUGCCACGGCAGUCAACCUGUCCCUGCUGACCGCGGACCUUUUCAGCCUCUUCUGCGGGAUCUACCUUUUUCACUACAGUUUCUCGGGUCUGUACAUCGUGUCAUUCGUGGUCAUCACCGCGGGUUUCGUCAUAUUCAACGCCGUGCCCACGUUGACCCCCGUCCCCGCGUCUGGUCCCAGCGAGGGAGAGCCGGAGAGCCCCUCGGUUGAGGAGGACGCUGUGAGCCAUGGAGCUAAACUGGACGUUCCCUCUGAGAACGACGAGCAGGAAGGAGGGUCAGGGAGCAAAUGCACGGAGAUGCAGUGGAGUCAGAGUGAGCAGACGUGCCAUCUUAACAACAAUGCAACAUGCUGUGUUCAGGAGGGUGCAGACAUGACCUUAGAGUAGACCUGUGAGGAAGCGGUGAUUGGUCAAGACAUGAGGAAGUCCUCCCUCCCUGAGCAACAUGAGGGCCUCUGGUAUGAGCAGAAUUUGAUCUGACUGUACAGUGCUGUCUUCAGCUGCAUCUGCCCCUUGUCAGCCAAUUCCCAGUCAUAUUUAUACAUUUGAAGGAACUUCUUUUUGCUGUAUUAUGGGCCAGUUUUUUGGAGUGAGAUUAGUGACAGUAUCAUUUGCUAAUAUUUUAUAAUUAUUUGCUGUGAGUCCCACUCACAAAUGUAUAACAUGACUGGUAAAUGUGUAGAACACUGCAAAUAUAAAACACUUCACAAAUAUGAAUAUGAAGUAACAUUAUAUGGAAUGUUUGCAAAUGUGCAACUCUGUUCACUAUCUGUGGUUUGCAAAUCUGAACAUAUAUCAUUCAUGAGAGGCAUCAAUUGUAAAGCGCUUUGGAUAAAAGCGCUAUAUAAAUGCAGUCCAUUUACCAUUUACCAUGAAUAAGUGCAUAACUUGCGGAUCAUGUCCAAUCACUAUUUGUGAAUCAAAAUUGUGUUCCUGUGCAGUCCUUCCUCCAAAUAUUUAGCAGUGUUAAGCUCCUGUCAAAGAAAAAUCACAACUGCGUAAGUGGAGUUUAGCUGACUGAAGCAAAUGGAUUCAUUGCCUGAGAAACCAAUUACCUCACACUGCAAACGACUCUCUAUGUCUGAUUAUGUUUGCCAACUGACAUACACAUUUGCCGAUCUCACUCUUGAAUAUUUGCAAAUAUUUUUUGUAUUUUUACUUUGUGAAAGGUUUUACUUAUUAACAAUUUGGUGUUACAUUUUUGAAUGGUAUGCUGUAUAUUUGAAAAUAAUAUUGCCACUAAUGUCACUAUUUUCCUCUUCUCAGUCAUUAUGUACUGUAAAGUAGUCCUCCAGGUUUGAUCUAACGUCUAAUCUGAGAAGGGUUUAAGUGUGAGAGGUCUUGAUUCUCAUCUUAUGAAAGUAAUGUAUUUAUACAAUGUUAUUGUAUUUGGCAUUCUGAACAGCGGUGCUAGUACCAAACGCAUUUUGGUAAGUUGCAGGCAGCAUGCUACAGUUCCAAUAUCGUACCUCUCAUUGUUUUCUGUUACAAAUAGUUGAGGAAACAUCAUUUGAAAUUUUAAAUGGGUGAGCUCCACUCCGGUGGCAGAUGAACCUCCGUUUGCCUUAUUACAGCUCUUGUGCUUUACAUGACAUUUUUGUACAGACAAUAAAGUUUACAUCCAUCUUUUGCCUAUA